AUGAUCGAGACCAACAUUGACAUUCUGUGCCCUGCCCAUUCUGCUGUUGCCAUUGGCAACCCUCUCAUUGACGACAACAUUAAGCUUGAGACAAGACAUGUACAAGAUUAUAUGCGAAGGUUGUUGUUGGCGCUCAAUGUCAGAGCAUCGCUACUUGUCAAUGCCGAACGACUCGAACUUGCCCUUGACGAUGCAAUCGCUAUGAUGACUCUAGUACCCACUUCACCCUUGGGCUAUCUCUGUGCUGGUGGUAUUCAUUCGCGUCGAGGACACCACGCAUCAGCAAUCGAGACUCUUAAUGAUGGAUUGAAACGAGUGCCACCCUCUGAUCCACAGUAUGCACACCUUCUCAAUGCACGAGCAGUAGCGUACAACAAGAGCAUCAAACGUAUUGAUUUUAUCAGCAAGCUACCAUUGGAUGUGGUGACACACAACAUUAUACCAAGGAUACUACAAGGUCGAUCCAUGUUUCAUAUCGGGAGGCCAUGCGGCUAUUUUGAUGUAUCUCGUACGUGGCGAAAACGAAUGGCGUUGGCAAGCGGAUUGCAAUAUGAGAUUGGACCAGAAGAUUUAUUCGAGGAUGGAUAUGAUCGCGUAAAAGACCUUGCACCUUUUAUGAGAUCGCUCUCAGUCAUAGAGCCCUACAAAGAGAUCUUGUCCAAAAUCACCAAGCGGCAUCGUAUCGAAUUGAGCAUGUUGAAGAAAUUGAAGAUUAUUGAAUCUAUUGGAAGGGGUCCUUCUCUUUUGCUGUCAUCUCUACGACCAUUAAGCGACACAUUGACUGAUCUCGUGAUUGAAUAUGGACAUUAUAAAGAUCCCAAAAAGCGUUAUCGGCUAUGCGACAUUCUUGAUGCAUGCCCUAAUCUUGCGUCAAUACGAAUGAAUAAUGGAGACAUUGACAUGUCAGCUGUCACCAAGACGUACCCCAAGCUCAUCAAGUUGGAAUUGUGGAAUACGGACAGCGAAGUGAAGCGAGAAAACAUCCCAUCUCUUUUGCAAGCAUUUUCUCAGUUACGUUUUUUGAAGCUGUACCCUGCAUUUGGAUCUGAUAUCUUUUCGGCCGUUGAUCAGCAUUGUCCAUUAUUACAGCAGCUCAUAUUGACCGGUCCAUAUCAGCAUUUUUUUGACACUUUGGAUACAACCGCGAGAACAGGUCUACGUGCUCUUAGUAUUCCCGCGACCCAAAGUGCCGACGACUUUAAGGAGGAUAAGGUGGUGCAAUACUUGAUGAAACACAGUGAGACCUUGGAGGCAUUUGAUGUCACAGCAAAACGUGGAUUUGCUGAACCAAAGAGGUUAUCCCAACAUGCGGCAAGUCAACAAGUAACAUUCCAACGAUUGCGGCAACUUGAGUAUCCGACCGAUGCUGAAGACGACCUUGUUUGA